AUGACUUCUGGAUCUCAUUCAGUGUUUGCAUCCAACACGUUUAAUUUGACUACCCAAGGAGAAACCAUUCCAUUGCUGUGUGGAACCAUAUUUGAACUUCAUGAUAUGUAUUAUGACACGCAGGCGUUUGAAGAGGAUACAUGUGCCUAUUUGGAAGUUCAGCUGUAUUUUCUUUCAGAUGGAGAAUCGAAUGAUCCAGAUAUGCUUCAACUGCAGCAAACUCGUACCAUUCGUCUCAAUGACAUAAUGUCUAUACGGGCAAAUUCAUUGCACCAUCAUAUUGUCACUUUUGAUGGAACUUUUUUCUCCAAUUGUGAUAUUGUUAUUGCAACAUCACCUAUGGGAUUUGAUAUACAAACAGAGGAUCUAUUGACUGGCUUGACUUCAAAAUCAGCUGCGAGAGCCUCACUAACUGGAACAUUAUUAACUUCCAUUGCAGGAGCAUUGGGUUCAUCGUGGCCUCUCAAUGCUCAAACAUCUGAUUUUGUAACUACAUCGCGAAGAUCCUUAUCCAACACCAAUAUCAAAGCUUCUAGCACAUCAACACCUUUACAGCAAAUUUCGCAAUGCUUCUUGUCUAACCCAUCAAAAAGUACUUGCUUGUCCCAAUUCCUUACUGUUGCUUUGGGAUGCAUUUGGACACUGUUUGAUCUGUAUAUUUACAGUAGCGAGUUGAUGCAGGGAAUUCAAAAGAAUAUUGAAUAUGCUGCACCAGUGAAACUAAUACAUGAUAUAAUUCGUACAUCAUUGCCUCGUAUGGAUGAGGAUCGUAUGCCUAGCACGUACCAAAUAGUGGAUGAGGUAUUUCCUGUUUUUAGCCGUUUGAAACAAAUCACUUUGAUGUCUGGAAUUGGAACACUUGUUCGAAAAUGGAUCACUAUUGAGCGAAAAAAUCAAACCGAAGCUGAAAUAUCAUGCCACCUUUUUAACCUGAUAAACAACCUUAAACCUCUAAUUCAAGAAGCAUGGAAAAGUUAUAUAGAUUUAAGUGUAGUGUGUUUAUUCAAAGGACUAUUGGGACUAAGGACAAUAUAUACACUUGGUCGGCUUGAAAGAAUGCACGAGAAGAUUAAUAAUGAUCAGCUAGAAUCAUCUUUGGAGUUUUUAGCAAAUUCAAGAAAAAAAUCAAUUUUUUUGGAAGAUUAUCCUACAGAUAGGCAUCCAUUACUGACUGAUCUUCAAAAAAAAAAUUCACAUUCAAUGCCAGAAAUAUCUGCAACGCCACAAUCACUCGACAGUACAUCUAAUCAAUCCAUUAGCAAACUAAAUUCUCAAAUUCACUCCAAUGUGUCAUUAUGUGGUGAUUCGUUGUCGCAUCUUCGAUUGCAGCGCGCUUUCAGUAGCUUAUAUACUGGAACAGGUUUUGAUGAGCUUCUAACUAGUGACCUGGAGUAUUUGUCUAUUCAAGAUUUUGUUGACAUGCUUGGCACCUUAAACUCUUCUUCGGAAUAUCUGACCAAACUGAGUUACUAUUUAAACCAGUUUUAUUGUAAUGCGCAACCUUCUGAUUCAUUUUCAAAUCCAUUAUUGAAUACACUGAGUGGAAAUCAGAGCCAAUUAGACAAAGUUUCUAAAGAUACAAGAUCUUCAUUUGAUUUCCAUCAGUAUCGUAAUCAUUUUAAAAGCAUGUUGUUUCAGCUGGGUAUUCCACUAUCAUCCUGCAAAUUUCUUAAUUCAAGUUCCUACGAAGACGAUACGUUUGAAGAUAUAGACUCUAUGGCUGAUCUUUUGGUGGUAGAAAUUGUUGCAUUUAUUGAAAGCAUCCAAGAACAAACGCUACAGAGUAUUUCGUUUGUGUGUCAUAGUCUUGGUGGGAUCAUUGCUCGAUGUGCGUUUCGAAAACCAGCAUUAAAAAAGUAUUUUGGGUUAUUCAACACCUUUGUUACACUAGGAUCUCCACAUUUUUCACUCGCGUUGCAUCAAAACAUGUUUAUUACUUCAGCGAUGGGAGUGUAUCAGGCUAUAUCAAGAUCGAAAUGCAUUGACCAGCUUAAUUUGCGUGAACACUCGGAUCCAAGACAAACACUAUUGUAUCAACUGGCUUCGGAUUCAUCGAUUCAAAACUUUAAGCACAUCUUUUUGUAUGGAUCACGCCAGGAUAAAUAUGUUCCGUAUGAAGGCACGUUGGGAUUGAGGCUAUCUACAAGUGAAAAGCCAUCCGUACUCCAGUCUGGGUUAAACUCGUCAAGCAACUCAACCUAUUCAACAAAGUCGACCCAUGCCGCCAAUUCAUAUAAUGAGCACAUCAAGACUAUUCUUGAUGAAAUAUCGCAGCUGUUUCACUCGUCAUUAGCACAAGUUGCUAACGUGCAUAGAUACGAAGUACAUUUCAAUCACCUUGAAGAUGCAGAGAAUAUUGGCACUCUAUUUAGUUCUGAUAUGCUGGGUAGAAAGGCGCAUUUGUCCAUGAUUGACGAUCCAGGAAUGGUUGAUAUGGUUGUAUUGUGUUUUUUGCUUAGAUUUCCUGCCAGUGAUGUCCUGAUAACGCACGAUAAUAAAAUAAACACGAAUGGAAUGCUUGAUUCCCACUGA